AUGUACAAGGUCAACGUUAGCAGACAAAAGACGAGAAAGUGGGCAAACUUCAAACCUCAGAACUAUGAUGGCGAUGACUGGGGCGACGAGUACGAAGACGACGAACCUGAGCCGAACCCACCGCCGCAGUCGAAACCGAUGGGACCGCGCUCCCCGACGGAACCACAGCAAUUUCAGCGUGCUGUAACCAUGCCGGAGAGCACAGGGUCGCUCGCUACGCUUCCAUCACAAUCUCAUCAGCAGCCACGGAAGAGCAGCUUAGAUGCCGCAACAUCGCCCACAAGCCCGAGCUCGCUGGCUUCGCCGUCCAGAUCCCCGUUCGUCCGACCGGCCGAUAUCUAUCGCAAGUUGGAGGAAGAAAGAAAGCGUUCGUUAGAGUCUCCGAGGCCAGCUUUGAGCAGUGUUACGGGGCCACCUGUUGUCGACCGGCCACAAUAUGCCGCAGGAGCAGAAGCGGGAAGCAGGGAAGAUGAGGAAAGAGCUGGUGUGAAUCGAGAUUCGAGACCUGGUUUGGCUACGGUUCCCGAGAGAAGGAGCGAAUAUGGGCUUGAAGGGCUUCUUGACAGCUACGGAUCCGACGAGCCCAGCAAUGAACCUGCGAGUUACACUCCUCAUUAUACAACCUCAGAGGCUCAACCUCCGGCGCAUGUUGAAGAUUCCAAGGUUGAUGUAGGCAAGCAACUCCGGCGAUAUUCAACAAGCCCCCAGCUACCGCUCGUGACCCGCAUGUCGGGCUUUGGCGAAGACCUAUUUUCCCCAUCAAGCUUUCUCGACAGCUCAAACCAACAACCUUCUGUCCCGGCCGUUGGUGUCCCAGCCGUUGGUGUCCCAACAACAAGCACUACUACUGGCACCGCGCAGGUCUCAAAUGAUCCUUCACGGACACAGUCGCCAGCCCUUACACUUCGUCAACAUCAGCCACAGCAAUCACCCAGCACACCAGCAACUCAGGGUAUCAAUUUGGCGUCGACCGCACCCGAAACCACAGCCGGGGAGACACCGUUGACGCACGAUUCAAACCAUCCGGUCAGCCCGGCUGCCAUGAAGCACGGGGCCGAAACUUCUAGUUCCGCCAUUGCGGUUCAACAGGACUCUGGUGCGCCGCCGAGUUCGAACAUUCCUGCCCAACAGCAGCCAGCCGCAGAUCUGCCGCGGGAACCCGCAGCAAACAAACAGUCCAACGAAAAAGGGAUUCUCAGACCGUCGUUACCGGGUGGCUGGGUUUCCGAAACCCCAGCAACGCCAGGUGAAGCUUUGCUGCCUUCUCAGAUUGAGCCCGUCCCAGCAGCAGUUGAGAGGGCUGGCGGAGACGCAAACUCGGGCACGCCAGCCGAACACGCUGCUUUCAGUAUGGAUAGCUCCCACGCACCUAGCUACGGCGGGGCAAGUCCUGUCAAAGAAAGCGGGCUGCUUGAAACACAAAAAGCACCUCUUCCACGCCCUGCCUCUCCUCGCGCGCUGCCACCACUCAGAACCACAAGCCCUUCGCUUGGCACGACAUCUGCGAUGGUUCCCGGCUCCGAAUCAAACGUGAGCUACGAAACGACCGAGAAGGUGGAGAGCGACGCUCUUGCGGCUCCCGAACCAACCACUACGACAACGGAAACCUCGGAAAUCACGCCCACGGCGCCACUGAAUCCACGUCGCGACCCGCCAGAGAUCACCACUGAUGUACAUCCUGUCUUAUCUCCGCCAUCCUACGGGGCUGGGUCCACGCUGGAGGCAGACACAAGCUCGCCUUUGAAGGAGAACGAUGUUCUGAGCGAAGAGAUUAUGAAGUCACUCAGUCCUGUCCAGUCAACAGAAAGAUUCGGAAAUAUUCACGCAGACACCACGGACGCUUAUCAAGCAGCCGCGCGGUCCCCUGUUCGGGAAAGCAGCUAUCUGGGUGAUGUUUAUGAUGACUACUGGACUGCGAGCGAAGAAAAGGUAGAAGCCGAGUUGUUUGCCGCUGCCGCAACUGGUCAGCAGCCGGAAGCAGGGAGACCCUCCGAUGCCCCUAGCGUUUCUGUCGCGGAACCCCCCCGAGAAGAGACAGCUCCGUCGCUGGAUGUGAAAGCUGUCGCCCUUUCCGCAAGCUCACCAACUAGCCCCGCGAAACCCGCAGCGUCGGAGGGCGGAGUUGGCAACACACCCGUGAUGGAAGAUACACGUAAGCGAUUCUCAUGGGAGGCUGGAUUUAGCGAUCCGGCGCCUGUGAGUAUUCAGCCUGCGGUAAAAGAACCGGCCGCUGAGCCGAAGUCUCUGGCACUUCCUGCCAUCACAACACUACCUGCCGAGCUGGAUGCCGCUCGAUCAAGUCCUGCUCCUGGCUUGAAAGCCGACGCUGUGCCUCUUGCGGACACCGUCUCGCAAGCAAGCAGUACCCUUGUCCCUAGAUCAGCCAACGCGACACCCAUUGAACCACCAUCUCCUAUCUCAGUCCUUUCAGACAGACCUAAUGGCAAAAGCCUAGCAUACGCAGAUGAAAAGAUUGCUGUUGAGCCGCCAACGGGUGAAGAGCGUACAUCGCCAACCCCUGAAAAUAUUGCACCACAAGAACAACAACAACAACAACUUGCUUCUCGGGCCGUGGCGCCGAGAAAAGGAUCCAUCAAUAUCCUUCCAUUCCGGCAGGUUCUGGAGAUGCCAAUGCCGCCUGACAGGAUUCGAACCUUUAACGACUCCAGAGCCCAGUUCGCCGCAAUCGAUACCGGGCUUGAUGAGUGGCUCACGAUGAUGACAUCGCGGCACCCCGAGCAUACAAACGCAUUUGUGGCAGGCUUUGGAUCGCAGCAAGGAUUGUCACCGACCGGAGCCCCAUCUCAACAGUUUGGUGGCAACGGCGCUCAUGGCCUUCCGGCGAACAUUCCUAUGCCACCACCACAUCAACACGGCGCAAGUGGAUUUUCACAUCUGCAACAUAGUGCACAGGUACAGAAGAGCAAGGUGCUCUUGAUGGCAGCAGGGAAAGCUGGAAAGGGAUUGUUCAGCAAGGGCAGAAACAAGCUCCGGGAAACGGGUGACAAGGUGUUUUCAAGUUCAUGA